CCAAUCCUCCGCGCCCCUGUGUCCUCUCUAUAAAUAAACAGCCUUCGGAGGGCCUUAACCCCUCGUGCACUACAGGAGAUCCUCCCUCUCCUAUCCUCUCCACCCCACCGCACCUCCCCUCCGCGUCUUCGUCGUCUCCCUCGCCGACAAAGCAGAGAAUGGGGAGCAGCGAGAAGACUGUUACCGCUUAUGGCGAGUACACCUAUGCUGAGCUGGAGAGGGAGCCCUACUGGCCAAGUGAGAAGUUGAGGAUUUCGAUUACUGGGGCUGGUGGUUUCAUUGGAUCCCACAUUGCUCGCCGUCUGAAGAGCGAGGGCCAUUAUAUCAUUGCCUCUGACUGGAAGAAGAAUGAGCACAUGACAGAGGACAUGUUCUGCCAUGAGUUCCACCUGGUUGACCUUAGGGUCAUGGACAACUGUUUGAAGGUUACCCAAGGUGUCGACCAUGUAUUCAAUCUUGCUGCUGAUAUGGGUGGCAUGGGGUUCAUCCAGUCAAACCACUCUGUGAUCAUGUACAACAACACCAUGAUCAGUUUCAACAUGCUCGAGGCUGCACGUAUCAAUGGUGUGAAGAGGUUCUUCUACGCCUCGAGUGCAUGCAUUUACCCUGAAUUCAAGCAGCUUGACACAAAUGUGAGCCUGAAGGAGUCCGAUGCCUGGCCUGCUGAGCCUCAAGAUGCCUACGGCUUGGAGAAGCUUGCAACUGAGGAGUUGUGCAAGCACUACACCAAGGACUUUGGCAUUGAGUGCCGCAUUGGCCGUUUCCACAACAUCUAUGGCCCCUUCGGAACAUGGAAAGGUGGUCGUGAGAAGGCACCUGCUGCCUUCUGCAGAAAGGCUCAGACAUCCACUGAGAGGUUUGAGAUGUGGGGCGAUGGCCUCCAGACCCGAUCCUUCACUUUCAUCGAUGAGUGCGUCGAGGGCGUUCUGAGAUUGACCAAGUCCGACUUCCGCGAGCCGGUGAACAUCGGGAGCGACGAGAUGGUGAGCAUGAACGAGAUGGCUGAGAUCGUGCUGAGCUUUGAGGAUAGGAAGCUGCCCAUCCACCACAUCCCCGGUCCAGAGGGGGUCCGUGGGCGCAACUCUGACAACACCCUUAUCAAGGAGAAGCUCGGGUGGGCCCCGACAAUGAGGCUCAAGGACGGGCUUCGGUUCACCUACUUCUGGAUCAAGGAGCAGAUCGAGAAGGAGAAGACCCAGGGCAUCGACGUGGCGGCGUACGGGUCCUCCAAGGUGGUGUCGACCCAGGCGCCCGUGCAGCUGGGCUCCCUCCGCGCCGCCGACGGCAAGGAGGGCCUCUGAGUCCGACGAUCCCAUAGCUGCAUACGGAAGCUGUCGGAGAGUUGUUGGUUGGGACGGUAGAGAGAGUGAGCACUACACAACAGCAAACAUACGGUUUAGCCCCUUUGAGGGGGGUUUGAGACGAUCGAUCGUGUUCUAUUCGGUCUUCACCACCCUAUUAAUUUUGGUGCCAUCUUGCUAAUUGCAUGUGUAUUUUCACAUUCAGUGUACUCCUGUGCCCGUGAUGGACAAUAAAAAAUUCCCUGUCUCUAUCAUGUAUGAA